AUGGCGAGGAAUUUUGGUCCGAUGAAAAGUUAUUCGUACAACAGGGGCUUAUUUUUGGAAGUAUCGAUUCUUUUUUCUCAUUUCGUAAUUCUUAAUCAAGCACAGGGCUAUUAUCGUAAACUGCCCCGCCACUGCCUACUGCUACCUUCUUCAAAAAAGCAGCAGCAGCAGCAGCAGCAGCACUCCAAGGGGCGGCGCUUGAACCGCACUGCGAUGUCUACUCGCAUCCAGAACUUCGACGACUUCGUUAAGGUACACGCAAUCUUACUCGCAUCUUCCGCCAUCCCUCCCUCUCUCUACAAGCAGCUCUUCCUCAAGCUCUCGUCCGAAACAUUCGACGGUGGGGAUUUCUUCCAAGUCGAGCCAUGCGAGAACGGACUGCAGCGGCGCCUCGUCCUCUCCUCAGAUUCCAUGCCCAAGGAAUCCGAUAUCUUCCUCGUUGACCACGCGUGGACGUUUCGCCUAUCCGACGCGCGGAAGCAGCUGCAGGAAGUUCCGGGGUUAGCUCAGAGGAUGGCUGCGUUGAUGUGCGUAGAUAUUGACUUUAGCUCAGAUGCUGAAGCGGAGGAGUUUGAAUCCAAUGGGCAAGAUGAGAACAUUGCCAAAGAAAGUAUUGCAUUGAUCUUGGAGAGGGAACUGAAGAAAUCCCAAGAGAAAGGACCUGAUGCUAAAACGUGGUUGGAGCUUGAAGAGCUUGAUAUAGAUGAUGAUAUGCUGAGCUCAAUGGAUUUAUCUAGUAAAUUUCCGAAUCUAGUUGCCCUUAACCUGUGGGGAAACAAGCUCAAGCACAUAGAAACGGUUGCGCGGGAAAUCACAAGAUGUAGAAACCUAAGAGCUGUUUGGAUGAACGACAACCCAGUAAUGCAAAACUGUGAUAGUCAGGCUGUGCAUGCAAUUCUUGAAGGUGUUCCCACACUAGAGGUUUACAACUCACGUUUCACUAGUAAUUUCGGUGAGUGGGCACUGGGUUUUUGUGGGGGAAUAUAUGGAAAUGACAAACCAUGCAGUUCCCAGAACACUGACCAUCCAUUGGAAGGCAUUACCAAUCUCAAUCUGUCAAGUAGAUGUAUUCAGAGGCUAUCUACUAAUAAGGCAUUCUCCCCUGCCGAAAUGCCAUCACUUUCAUAUUUGAAUCUUCGCGGAAAUCCAUUGGACCAGGAUUCUUUUGGUGAUUUGUUGAAACUCCUGCAAGGAUUCACUUGUUUGCAAGCUCUAGAGGUGGAUAUUCCUGGUCCUCUUGGAAAGAGUGCAAUUAAAAUUCUCGAAUCUCUUCCGAAUCUCUCUCUACUAAAUGGGGUCAGUGCAUCACAUAUUCUAGAAAGUGAAAAACAUGUUAUUGAUUCAAUGCUUCAACCUCGCCUUCCUGAGUGGAAUGCUGGCGAACCCCUCGUCGAUCGUGUUAUUAGUGCAAUGUGGUUAUAUUUGAUGACAUAUAGGCUUGCUGAUGAAGAGAAGAUCGAUGAAACUUCUGUGUGGUAUGUGAUGGAUGAACUGGGUUCAGCUUUGUGGCAUAGUGAUGAGCCGAACUUCAGGAUUGCUCCUUUUCUGUACAUGCCUGAGGGGAAGUUGGCGUCAGCUGUGAGCUUUUCUGUGUUAUGGCCGACACAGAAUGUUCAGAAGGGGGAAGAAUGCACUCGUGAUUUCUUGUUUGGUAUAGGGGAGGAUAAGCAACGGUCUGCCAGGCUUACUGCUUGGUUCCAUACGCCACAAAGUUAUUUUAUCCAGGAGUACGAGAAAUACUGCCAGCAACUUCGCCCAAAAGGCCUUUGUCCUCCUCGUUUAGAGGUCUCUGGAACCCAAAGUAUGCUUCCGAGUGAUGGGCACGCCCUUCGCGUUUACACUGAUCUACCCCAAGUGGAGGAAUUUUUAACAAGGCCUGAAUUUGUUAUUGUAAAUGAACCGAAAGAUGCAGAUAUUAUUUGGACCUGCAUGCAAGUGGACGAGGAGGUGAAGAAUGCUGUUGGACUAAAGGACCAUCAAUACAUAAAUCAAUUCCCUUUUGAAGCUUGCCUUGUCAUGAAGCACCAUUUGGCUGAGACGAUUCAUAAGGCACAAGGAUCGGCUGAGUGGCUUCAGCCUACCUAUAAUCUAGAAAUGCAUUUAUCUGAACUCAUUGGGGACUAUCGCGUUCGCAAAAUAAAUGGUCUCAACAACCUAUGGAUUUUGAAACCAUGGAACAUGGCAAGGACCAUCGAUACGACGGUUACUGGUGAUUUAUCUGCUAUUAUACGGCUUAUGGAAACUGGUCCGAAGAUUUGUCAAAAGUACAUCGAGCAUCCUGCUUUGUUCAACGGGAAGAAGUUUGAUAUCCGCUACAUUGUCUUGGUCCGUAGCAUGAAUCCUUUGGAGAUUUUCCUUGCUGAUAUUUUCUGGGUGAGAUUGGCUAAUAACCCAUAUUCUUUAGACAAGAGCACCCUUUUUGAAUAUGAAACUCAUUUCACCGUCAUGAAUUAUAUUGGGAAGUUGAAUCACAUGAACACGCCAGAUUUCGUGAUGGAGUUCGAAAAGGAACAUCAAGUGAAAUGGCUGGAUAUCCACCAGCGAGUCAGAAAUAUGAUUCGAGCAGUAUUUGAAUCAGCUGCAACAGUACACCCAGAAAUGCACAGUUCAUUUUCGAGGGCAAUGUACGGUGUCGAUGUAAUGCUUGACAGCACCUUUCAGCCUAAGCUAUUGGAGGUUACCUACUGCCCCGACUGUACUAGAGCAUGCAAAUAUGAUACAAGAGCAUUAGGGAGCGGUGAUGCUAUUAGAGGUAAAGAUUUUUUCAAUUUGGUGUUUGGUUGUCUCUUCUUGAAUGAAUCCACUCAUGUUUCGUUACUGUAAUCGCAUUAUCAGUAGUCAAAUGUCAGAGUUGUAUUCACAUCAAGGAUUCAGAGUUGGUGUACCUGAUCAUAUAUCCCCAUUUCGGGCCAAUACCGGUCACCACUGAAACCGGAUCAUAUCACCUGAUUUUGGGCCGA